ACCCUUUCAGACCAAGCACACCAUGGACCUACAACUUUUGGAACAUGCCGUUAUACGGAGAAUAUCAUGGUGACUACUCGCGUCAGCAUCGAGCAACUGCAAGAUCGUACCUCGAUAACUCCUAAUCGACGCGGAAGCAGUGCAACGACGACAAGCUGACCGGACUGCCGACAGACCCGGGACAGAGCAGAAGCUUUUGGCAGUCAAGACGCCCAGCGGCUUUCCUGCACGAGGAGCCGUCGUAAAUGCGUUUGCUUUUCCAGCCUGGACAGGAUCGCACAUGAGCCCUAUAUUCUUCGUCCCAUUGUUGACCACUUUACUUCCACGACGACCAUAAGCAGCGAACCGCGGCAGAAUGCCCGGAAAUCUUCAAGCUGACGGUGAAUCUGCGCCUACAGGCCAGUCGCGGCACAAACAACCGCGUUCACAUUCUCCAGGUCCUUCAUCUUCGAAUCACCCUUCCGGGUCUCGGCCACCUCCAACCAAGCGAGCGCGCAAAGCUAUCAACUGUGAACCCUGCAGGAACAGCAAGCUAAAAUGCGAUAGGAAUCGCCCAUGUUCAUCAUGUAUUCUCAGAGGGACAACAGCUCAUUGUUAUCAAGGCCAAGAGCCUGAGGCCUCGGCGCGCAAUGAGGACUCUCAGCAGUCUCGCGUCGACCCGGGCGCAGAGUUCAAUCGUAUACGACAUUCCUUAUCUCUUCUAGAAUCGUACGUAUAUCAACAUCCCAAUUCCAGGCCACCAAUCCAAUCGGCACCACCACCUGUCAUCCUCCCUUCUGCGCGACAUGCGUCUACAUCUACUACGCCAGGCGCGGCGGAACUUGCACGGGAUAUGCUUGAUUACGAGCGUCCGCGUACUCCAGCAAAGGAUAAAGCUGCAAGUAGCCCACAUGCGCCUGGUAUGCUUGGACAGCAGGGAACUGGAGGAUACUACGCUGGCCCUACUAGCGCUGUCUCCCAUCUAAUUAUGCAGGCUGAGAAAGAAGAAGAUUCCAGUGAAAAUUCGGGGAGGUCUUCCUAUGAACGUGGUCCAGGCGAAGGUGGCCCAUCCAGUGAGGAUACCAGUGCAUCAAUCGCACCUACGGCCAACGUUGCAUACGAUAAAGACUUGGUCGCAAUGCUUCCCCCAGUGCAUACAGUUGACGGCCUAGUCGAAUAUUAUUUCGAAUACUGCAAUUGGAUAUACCGACACGUCAACCAACCAGCCUUUCUUGCCGCAUGGGAGCGAUUCAAGACUGGUUUGAAUGGUGAUCGUAUCAUCUUGGCCACGGUGUGCAUCCUCAUCUCCCUCACGGUGAGAUACCUACCACCGGGUCAUGCACUCCUGGCUAGCCUCAUGGGAAGCGUCGAAGACAUCGGUCGUAAAUAUUACGACAUCAUGCUGGAAACGCUGGAUAGGUACCGGCGCACCUUGCGCGAGGAAGGACACGGCAAGGGAUAUACUCUCGAGCUCGUGGAGCUUCUGCUUGUACGGUGUCAUUAUUUGACAUAUGCCAAAGAAGACCCGGAGGAAACUUGGAGUGUUCGGGGAGAGCUAGUAAGCAUGGGAACAGCCAUGGGAUUGCACAGAGAUCCAGGCAACUCAAGGUUCCCAAGGGCUGUUGCCGAAAGAAGGCGAUGGGCUUGGUGGCAUAUUGUACUGCUGGAAAGGUGGCAAGCGUUCAUGUUUGGUCGGCCUCUAGCAAUAGCAUCUCAUCACUUCAACACUCGCCUCCCAUCCUAUUGUGAACCAGCUCUCGACAAAUCAGGACGUCUUUACCUUCCCAAUAUCGCCUUGUUUCGAUUGGCUUACAUCCUUGGCGACAUCAUGGAGGAUGCAGUCUCGUUCCGUGCCGUGUCUUAUUCUUCCAUUCAAGAAGGAGAUAAGCUUCUGACUCAAUGGAUGGAUAACCUCCCCCCCGAAAUGGAUCUUGACGAAUAUCAUAUCGCGCGAUCCCUUGGUAGUCCAAUUGUCUCUAUCCGACGGCUUGGCGUCCAGAGUGUGAUUAUUCGGACUGCGUACUAUCAUAUCCGGUUCACCCUGCAUCGACCAUAUGCCCAUAUUCCGACCUCCCUCGAGAUUGCGGUCAGCGCUGCCAGUGCAUUAAUCUCGCUUGUUGGGCAAGCACGACCAGAUUUCCUUUCCAAUACAGCGCUCGCAGUGCCGGGGCACAUGAACUGGGGACCCUUCCAUAUCUUCAGUGCCGCCAUGUUUUUCUCGUUUCAACUCAUAUCGCACCCAGAUCAGCCAGCUGCUAGCCUGUUCCGCGAGAAUAUACGCAAGGCUACGUCAUGUUUAGAACAGAGUAGAUGGAUGCCGGUGGCAGACAAAGCGUUGACGAUCCUGCAGGCACUGGCACCGCUGUACUCAGAUUCCCCUACACCAGAUACUACAGCGGAGAGAGAACGCAAGAAAGCUGAUGUAUUGAAUCUGGUCAAGACACUGGCCUUCCCGUAUCAGGAGCCUCCGCAGCCUAGAUCCAUGGCCUCACCAGCUCUUUCUGGGGAUGACGCAGAAUACCUGGACUCACCAAAUACUUCCCGCGUAGCAUACGAACAUCCACAGGUCCCACUUGGCGCUCCCGCACAUGCGCAACAUCCCGUAUCAUCCUUGCGAUAUAACGCGCCAGUCGAGCAGGCCAACGCGCAGAAUGCUAUAAACCAUACGCCGCAUAUGCCAUCGAUGGCCGGAGAGCACCAAAUGCUGCUUCCCUCGUCUUCAUCAUCCGCCCUCUAUCCUGCACCCUCAUCAAACUACACGAAUGGUCAGCAAUAUAACCACCAUGGCGCUAUGGAACCACAAGCCAUGACGAAUCCUGGUUUGGGGUACAAUGCCGCGCCAUACACAUAUCCAGCAGAUGAGAGCUCCAUGUGGGGUGCUUCGAUUGGGUUUGGGCUUGCGGAGUGGUCGCAGUUCGUAGACUAUGUGCAACGCCCAGACACUUCGCACCGUGGUAGAGGGGGAGGUCAAAUGUGAUUGUUGGGUUGUUUUUCUCUUGGUUCUUGGGUUUCUGGCAACUUUAUGCCGAUAGUGUCUUCCACAGGUUUCAUGUAGCAUAGGAUUUGGAUUCUUGUCAUGUUCGGAUAUUUUUCUUAUUCGAGUACAUUAUCAUAGCCACACAUACCGGUCGUAAUCAGCAUUUCUAUUGUUUUCUGUU